AAAACGGAAAUGCGAAGAUUCUUAAUUUUAUUGAGGUGUUGUGAUUCGAAAUCAAACUGAAGGCAACGCCACUGCAAUCUGUUCUAAUUAGAAAUAGAAGGUUCAUCAUCUCAAAAAGGCUUUUGUGAUUCUCGAUUUGAUUUGGAUCGCACAGAACGAAGGCAUGGGUCAAGCUUUUCGGAAGCUCUUCGACACCUUCUUCGGCAACACCGAGAUGCGGGUUGUGAUGCUUGGUCUAGAUGCUGCUGGCAAAACAACUAUACUGUACAAGCUCCACAUUGGAGAAGUUUUAUCUACUGUUCCUACAAUAGGUUUUAAUGUGGAGAAGGUUCAGUAUAAGAAUGUUGUUUUCACGGUUUGGGAUGUUGGAGGGCAAGAGAAAUUAAGGGCACUUUGGAGGCACUAUUUUAACAACACUGAUGGUUUGAUAUAUGUUGUUGAUAGUCUGGACCGCGAAAGGAUAGGGAAAGCAAAGCAGGAAUUUCAGACAGUCAUAAAUGAUCCGUUUAUGCUCCACAGUAUCAUCUUGGUGUUUGCCAACAAACAGGACCUGAAAGGAGCAAUGUCACCAAGGGAAAUAUGUGAAGGAUUAGGUCUCUUUGAUCUCAAGAACAGAAAGUGGCACAUACAAGGCACUUGUGCUCUUCGGGGAGAUGGUCUUUAUGAGGGCUUGGACUGGUUGUCCACAACUCUGAAGGAGAGAAGAGCUGCUGGAUACUCUUCAAUAGGACUAGGCACUUCAUCCUUCUAAUUUUCAAGAGGUAUUUUGGCCUUCGGAUUUGGCAAUGGACGAAUUUGUAGAGUGUGUGGCCGGUUCUAAGUUGAUGUGAUUGAUAAUCAAUUUUUUUGGGUUACAUCUGAAGCUCUCAUUAGUAGAAAGUUGCUAAGCCUUUCAGGGUGCUCAAGAUAUGUAUGUGGCUUUGCUCCAAUUAUACAAGUUUGUGCAUGACGAAUGAUUAACUAAAUUCUUUUGCCAUAUUGAUAUCCUUUAUUAAGUGCACGUGUGCCGGAUAGAAGUUAAUGGAUACUGGAUCACUUGUUCAUUCUGCCCCGAUUUCCUCCAUCUCACUCUUUGUAGUAUUUCUGUGUGGCUGUACCUGUGGUGAUUCAUAAAAAUAAUGAUUCUGACAAAUGUGUCAUGAUUCUCUCUUCAGAACGUUUUCUUGUGAUUUAAUUCAAUUGGGUGGUUGCAAUUA